AUGUUCACGCAAUCGUAUACAGACUCGAGCGUCCCCAGCGGUCCGGACGUGAACCCCAUCAAACCCGACCAAAAGACGGCUGGGGCAAGCGCGACAUGCCAAGACUGGCCAUUUGCGCUGCUUUUCGUGCUGAAUGUCGGUGCGAUUCUCGCGCUGAUGGUCGUGUGGGGCCUCCAGACAGUGACGGACCCCGAAACCCACUCGAGUGAGCUGCUGCCGGGCAAUGACACGGCAGUCGUGCUGACGAUUGCCACCGUUAUGGCUGUCGUGUCGAUGGUCCUGGCCCUUGUCAUGGUCAAGCUCAUCGUGGCCUACGCUCGGGUCAUGAUUCUGUUUGUGCUGUGGUUCAACGUGGGCAUCUCGUUUGCCUUUGCAGUGUAUGGCGUGCUGCUUGGCAACAUCUUCAUUGCAGUCGUUGGCUUUCUGAUUGCACUGCUGAAUCUCUGCUACGCGCGUGCGGUGCAGCACCGUAUUCCGUUUGCAGUCGCCAACUUGCGCGUGGCUGAAGGAGCGAUUGCCGCACACUCGUCCACGUACAUUGUGUCGAUCGUGUUUACGAUCGUGCAGAUUGCGUGGGUGAUCAUUUGGGCCAUGGCUUUGCUGGGUGUUGCCAACAAGAUUUCGAAAGCAAACCCGAGCUCGACGACCGCUACGACGACGACAUCUACUCGAUCCGCGUAUCGCCAGUCAGGCGCGUCCUACGUCGCAUUCUUCUUCUUGCUCCUGUCGUUCUACUGGGGCCUUCAGGUGUUCAAGAACGUGGCACACACGACGGUUGCGGGUACCGUCGCGACGUUCUGGUACAACACCGAGUCGUCAGGUGCAACAGGCGCCUCGCUGAAGCGCAGCUCGACGUCGUCGUUUGGUUCCAUUUGCUUUGGCUCACUCAUCGUCGCCUUUUUGCAGGCGCUUCGCUCGUUGGCAGAGAGCAGUCGUCAAAACGGCAGCGCACUGGCAUGCUUUGCAGAGUGUAUCUUGGGCUGUCUGCAGUCGCUCAUGGAGUACUUUAACCGCUGGGCGUAUGUGUACGUCGGCAUCUACGGCUACAACUUCACGAAGGCAGGCAAGGCCGUGUUUGAGCUCUUCAAGCAGCGUGGCUUCGAUGCCAUCAUCAACGACGACCUGAUCGGCAAUGUGCUCGGUUUUGCCGCGCUUGGCAUCGGUCUCAUUUGCGCUGCUGCUGGCGCAGUGAUCGCCGAGACGACGGACGCCAUUACGUUCCACAGCAGCACUGCAUUCCUGGCGGUCCUGGGUCUCAUUGUCGGCACUGGCGUUGCUGUCACGCCCCUGGCCGUUAUUGACAGUUCGGUCGCCACGGUCUUUGUCUGCUUUGCCGAAGACCCGGCUGCGUUCCAGCGGUCGCAUCCCGAGUUGUACGCGCCGCUCGUGCAGGAGUGGCACAAUCUGUAUCCAGACAUUAUGGUUCAGGCCGGAUACGCGUGCGCAUAG